AUGAAAGGCCCGGAUUGUCUCGGCCUGCUGCUACUGGUGACCGUGGUGCACGGCCGGAUUGUAGAUAUUCGCAGGGAAGUGUCCAACAUUGUCAAGUACCACAACCAUGAGCGACGGGAGAAGCACCUCAUGGCGUCCGACAUGCUGGAGAUGAGAUGGGACAACGAGCUGGCUCGACAAGCAGAGAAAUAUUCAGGGAGAUGCCAAUAUAUUUACCCACGCCCACAAGAGUUCGACGUUGGUUCGAAUCUUUAUGCUGAGCGCGACCUUGUGCAUGGCGCCAAGACUGUUGAACGAUUGAUAAACACGUCCCUGGAGGCAUGGACGCUCUCUAAGAGAUUCUUCACCUACAGAUCACAAUGUGGAUCAGCAUGUUCUUAUGUUCAG